AUGACUGAUGCCAGGAAAGCUCUACCAGCAGGCAACGAGUUCGACGUCACACGCAAAUCCCUCAAAUGCCAAAUAGCGAAGAGCUUAAGGAAAGACCGAGAGCUCUGGUGGACAUCGGAAGCUCGGGAGAUGGAGAAGGCUUUUGCUACGGGAGAAAGCCGUGCCCUAUAUCAACUGAUACGAUCGACUGGCCCCAGGAAACCUGACCCCUUUCUGAUGCGACGAAGAAGCCAGCGCCUGGAUCAACAGUCAGCUGAAUCACCAGUCACAACUGUAUCAAUCAACAGUUCUCCAUACUUCUCCGAUCGUCAGGUCAAAUGCGAUCGUCCAGUUGAAGAUAGCGGUGAGACAGACCAACGUGUGAAGCAAAUACGCAAAACCUUCAGACCUCAACAGAAGCAGAGUGGCCGUAACAGGAAGGCACGAUCGACAAAAACUCCACGGAGCCCUUCCGAUGAAACGAAUUCGGAUUCGGAUCAUCCAGAACAUUCAUCUGAGGAAUGGCGACCUGCUGAGUCUCAGUCAGAGGCGAGUCUGGAGGACUUUACCCAACAGUCGAUUCGAAUGAACACACCGGCCAACAAAUCUUCAGUAAGAGGCACGAGUACCGGCUCUCGCAACAGACAGUGUCCAAGUAAACGAACAACAAAGAAGCGUCCAUCCGCGCAGUUGGAAUCACUUUGUCACAAGCCUCGCAGUAACAAACGCAGGAUUACCCGAAAACCAUCAAUUCAGCAGAGUUCAGAAGACGAUGGACAAGCCACAGACUCAGCUGAGGAUGGUGAAUGGGAAGAAGUCGAUGAUAAAGUAGUCAGAGAAGUUGAUUUCAUGCAAACUUUGCUGGCUGCCAAAUCAGAGAUGCCAAAUAUGUCCUUCGUCGACCAUGAACCUGCAGCAUUAACUGUUUCCGUGCCAACAUGUGCUUCCUCUAAGAAGUCCUCAAGCAAAAAUCCUGUGCAAGCUGAACGACAGGCUCGUUUACGGAAGCUGAAAGAGGAAGCAUAUUCCAUGCACCUCACCCAUGUUUUGUCUUUUUUGACUCAUGCGCGAUGGCUUAAUCUGCUAUGUGAUAAUAAGCUUUAUCGAGCAUUGGGUCUAUCGCUUUUGGACCGGGUCGAUUCGGCCAUGGACUCUUCGGGAUGCUUUCUCCCCCCAACAAUGUGGAGUUUGGAUAUUCUGCACGCAUGUAUGGUUGCGAUUAUGACGCGACACUGCUUAGUGGAUGAUAGCAAUAAGGAUGCAUCCCAUAGAAGUGCAUUAUUAGUGAAGCGGAUCACAGAUGGUUGUGCAUCUCGAAGGGAUUGCCUUAUUUUGUUGGUCAGUGCUUUACGCGCGUUGGAUUUUGAUGUACGGCUCGUUGUUGGCCUCACACCACUUGCUUUAAAACCCACGGAUUCUCAUAAUGAAGUGCACCCUUCUCCAGAGGCUGUUCAGGAUAAAAUGCACAAGCAUACGAGCGAGAAAACGAGAAAUCGGAGGAUUAUUUCUUCUUCUUCCGAAGAUCUUGACUUUGUACCCUCUCAAUCACGAAUAAACGGAAUCCAGCCCGAGAUCCAUACGUUUGCAGAAGUCUUUAUUGCUAAAGAAAACCGUUGGGUAUGUGUGGAUAUGACUCCGCCAUUAGGCCGUUUGGACGAACCGCAGACAGAAUCUUCAAUGCUAUACGUUGUCGGACUGACGACCUGUUGUUCAUCAUCGCCUAAUACCAGACCGUACGUGGAUCGAAGCCCGGUAGACCUUGCUUCACGCUACGACCCUAAAUGGUGCGAUAAGUCUCGGUAUGACCGCCUGUCGGAUGAUAAAUGGCUCCAACUUCUCAGCCACAUGCGGCAUUACUUCAACUGGGAUGCCGCACUACGUGGUGGCAGUUUAGUUCCGCGAGAAAAUGAUUUGAUCACUGUGAAGCGGGAUGUUGACGACGAAAACCGGAUCCGUUCUUUGUUGUUGUCCAAACCUCUACCUACACGCGUUCAGGACUUUAAGAACCAUCCCCUGUAUGCAUUACAACGACAUUUGCUCAAAUUCGAAGUUAUUCAUCCACCUGAUGCAAUUCCUUUGGGUUUUUUGCGUAACGAACCAGUCUACUCUCGGGAUUGUGUGCAUCUCUGUCAUACACGAGAGUCGUGGUUGAAGGAAGCAAAGAUUCUUGAACAGCGAUACUACUUCCGACAGCCAACAAUCGUUGUUUUUUUUUAUCUGAAAGCUGCCUCUGACCCUGUGGACCGUCAGGCACUGGCAGUGUCUGUGGAUCAUAAAUCUUUGACCCUCCUUAAGGCGCUGUACGCCAACUCUCGCGGCCCUGUGAAGGUUUACGGGAGGCUGCCAUCUGAGCUCAACUCAUGGAGUGGUAUCCGUCAGGGCUGUCUUCUUUCACCUUUUCUCUUCAACUUCGUCAUCGAUGCGAUCAUGAAAGACUCACUACCAGCCUCUAAUGUUUGUGGGGUCGAAGUGCUCCCGGGGCGUCCGCUUACAGAUAUCGAGUACGCAGAUGACAUAGCUCUUCUUGGAUCUGACCCCAUGGUUGUGCGUCCCCAUGAGAAACCUGCAAAGACUGUCAAGGCCCGUAUGUCGAUGAAACGCAAACUCCUCCAAGGCUCAGAUCCGACCCCACCUACUGUUGAUAUUUACGGCUCUUGGCAAGUUGAAGAUUAUCAACCUCCGGUGGCACAAGACGGUGUUGUACCACGAAAUGAACAUGGGACUAUCGAUCUGUUCAAACCAAGCAUGCUUCCCAUCGGAUGUGCACAUCUUUGCCUCACCGGUAUUCAACACGUCGCGAAGAAGCUCGGCGUUGACUGUGCACCAGCUGUCAUUGGUUGGACUUUUCAUGGAGCUGGAUGGGCUGUGCCUCAAGUUCAUGGUUACGUGGUAUGCAAGGAGAAUGUCGCAAUACUAGUGGACGCCUGGCGUGCUACUCGCAUGAACGCAGCCAAAGCUGCAGCUCAGGAGCGCUCCGAGCGAGCAAUAGAAAACUGGAAAAGGCUUGUGCGGGGUUUGUUUUUGUGGCAUCGCGUUAAAGCACAGUUCGCGUUGGCUGCUAUGCAUGAGAAACCGAAAAGUGAGAUGAAAGUCAUCAUGCCUGGAAAGAAGCGAAGAUCUAGGAAACCAGAAGACAAGCUGAAACAGGAGGAGAGUGGUGUCGCCGAACCCGUUUCCACAACUGUAACCAUUGGUUCAGUCGAGCUGGGUAGCGUCACUGGUCAGCUGGGUUGCACCAGUGGUUGGCAGCGCUUAGGUUGCUCUGCUGAGACGCAGUCAUUACCGUUGAUUUCCAUCAAAAAGGAGUCGUCUGAUGAGAAACGACGCAGGCCAGUUGCAACUAAGGGACCGCCGAAACGUGUAAGCACCCAGAAGAAACGGAAAACGAAGGCGGUUGAAUCCACCAGCGAGGAAUCAAAUGACCCUGAGACGUAUUCCAGCACAGAUACCACGGACGAGGAAGGCUUCUGACAAUCAUACUGACGGAGCUCGCACAGACGGACCUGCAUUUUUCAGCUUUCCUACUUCAGAAAACUGAUAUUUCCUUUCCCGUGUGCAUUUUUUCAUGGACUUCUUUUUUAUACUCAGACAUCUUUAUCGCAGAUUUUAUCUACUCAUAUUUAUUUACAUUUUCAGUAUCAUCUUUGGUUUUUCGCAUUCAUUAUCAUCACAUCACAGUUUCGCAAAUAAACUACUACUGUACAAUGAUUUUUCUGUUUAUUCUGGUCGAACGAUUGUUGUUCUUUUCUGCCGCUCCGCGGUUUCCCAGGUAGAAUUUCUUGUGUAUUAGCUGGUAUCCUCUCUGAUGCCGCUUCAGCACUACUGAAACUUCGGGAUCACAAUGCUCAC